AUGAUAAAUAUUUUUAAUUGUCCUUUAUAUUUAAUAGUUCUAUAUUUAUUAAUUUUAAUUGUUAUUAAUUCUAAUGGAGUAAAUAUCAUAUGUAAAACUAAUAAAAACCAAAUUUAUCGAAAAAAAUUAAGUAAGCUAAAAAGAAAAAAUUAUCUAAGUAACAUUAAUUGCAAUUUGAAUAGCUUAUCUAACAUAGCAAAUUAUAAUAUUCAUUAUAAAAGGAAUAAAAGUAGGUGUAAUAAUGUCAAUAAAUUAUAUAGUAAUAAUAUAAAUAAUAAUAAAAAUUUGAUCAAUUCUUUUUAUCAUUCUCAUAAUAAAGGUGAUAAUAAGGGAUAUAAUAAAUAUAAUAGUAAUGAAGUUGAUAAGGAAAAAUGUUUAAAUAAUUCAAAAAUUUUAUUUAUAAAUUACUUUAAUUUUAAACAUUUAGGAAAACAUAUUUUAAAAAAAAAUGAAUCUUUAUGCAAUCAAAAAGAAUUAUCUUUUCCUAAAAGUUAUAAAAAAUAUUAUUCCAAACUGUUAAAAGAAAAAUCUUUGUUUAAUUCACAAAAUAUAUUAGGAACAAAAGAAGCAGAUUUGUGCCCAACUUGUAAUAAUGAUAAUAAUAUUAAUGAUAUUUCUAAAUUAGAAUAUGAAGAAGAAUUAAAUAAUGAAAAAAAAAAUAUUGAUAUAUAUAUUAAUAAAAUUAAUAGUUUUUUGAAUAUAGAAGAAUAUAAAGAUAUUUAUGGUAAGGAAGUAUAUAAUGAAAUAAUUAAGCUAUAUAUAGAGAAAAAAAUCCCAGAAAAUUAUGAAAAAAUAUAUUUUUCUGAAGAUGUUAAAAAAAGUGUAAUAUUUGAUAUGAAUAAGUAUGAUGACAAAGAAUUCGAAAAAAUGAUUGAAGAAGAAUUUAAGAAUAAUGGUAUUUUUAUAAAUAAUAUUGAUAAAAAAUAUUAUAGAAAAGAGAAUAUAUUAGGAAUAAAAAAAAUAUUAAAUUACUUACCUUUAUUAAAUUUAAUUAAUAACCCAUCUGAUUUAAAGAAGCUAAAAGAAAAAUACUUACCUUUAUUAGCUCAUGAAUUAAAGAUAUUUUUAUUUUUCAUUGUAAAUAUUACUGGGGGUCAUUUUUCAUCCUCGUUAAGCUUAUUAGAAAUACAAUUAUUAUUAUUAUAUAUUUUUAACCAACCUUAUGACGAUGUAAUAUAUGAUAUAGGGCAUCAAGCUUAUAUACACAAAAUUCUGACAGGACGAAAAUUUUUAUUUUUUUCAUUAAGAAAGAAAAAAGGUCUAAGUGGUUUCUUAAGUAUUUUUGAAAGUAUUUAUGACAAAUUCGGAGCUGGUCAUAGUUCCACUUCUUUAAGUGCAAUACAGGGAUUUUAUGAAUCUGAUUGGCAAGUAUAUGAUAAAGAAAAAAAAAAUUCACCAAAAGAAAAUUUUAAUGAUGCAAUAAUGAGCACAUCCUUCAAAAAAGAAUCACCUAAUAAUGGUGAGAAUUUUAAUAUAACAAAUAUGAUAAAUGAUGUAAGUUUUGAAAGAAACAAUUCAGAUGAUUUAGAUAAAUUUCAUAUUGCCAUUAUUGGUGAUGGUGGUUUAACGGGAGGUAUGGCAUUAGAAGCAUUAAAUUAUAUCUCUUUUUUAAAUUCGAAAGUUUUAAUUAUAUAUAAUGAUAAUGGAGAAGUUUCAUUACCAACAAAUACAUUAAGUAUAUCUGGAGUAAGGCCGAUUGGCUCUAUUUCUGAUCAUUUACAUAGUUUUGUUACAAAUAAAAUUAAAAAUAAAAAUACUACAUCUAAUAUAAAAGGAAAAAACAUUUUUGAAAAUUUAAAUUAUAAUUAUAUUGGUGUAGUUGAUGGAAAUAAUAUAAAUGAAAUGUAUAAUGUACUAACUGAUAUAAAAAAAAAUAAAAUUAAAAAAUCCACGGUACUACAUGUACAUACUAGGAAGUCUAGCAAAUUUAUUGAUUUAAAAAGUCCAAUUAAUAAAAUGCAUUCCAUAAAAAAAAAUGAACUGUUUUCUUUUGAUAUGAAUACUUUAAUUGAUAAUAAUAAAAGAAAUUAUAUCAAUGAGAAUGAUAAAAAAGGUUACAUAAAAGAAGAGAAAGAAGAUAAUAAAGAAAAUAAUGAAACAGGGUACAAAGAAGGUGAUAAAUUGUUUGUUGAUAUAAAUAAUGAAAUGAUAAAACAAAAUAACAAUGAAUGUAAUGACAUUGAUUAUGAAGAAAUAUUUGAUAAAAAAACUUUCACUGAUAUAUAUUUAGAAGAAAUGUUAAAAUAUCUUAAAAAAGAUCAAAAUAUAAUCUUCAUUUCUCCUGCUAUGUUAGGUGGCUCAGGUUUAGUAAAAAUUGGUGAACUUUAUCCAAAAAAUGUAUAUGAUGUGGGAAUAUCAGAACAACAUGCAGUUACAUUUUCAGCAGCUAUGGCUAAAAAUAAAAAGUUAAAAAUUCAUUUAUGUAUAUAUUCUACAUUUCUUCAAAGAGCAUAUGACCAAUUAAUACAUGAUAUGAAUUUACAGAAAUUACCAUUAAAAGUAAUUAUAUGUAGAAGCGGAUUAGUAGGAGAAGAUGGAGCAACACAUCAAGGAAUUUAUGAUUUAUCAUACUUAGGAGCCUUAAAAAAUUCUUAUAUCAUUUCUCCAAGUAAUAGUAUAGAUUUAAAAAAAUCUUUGAAAUUUUCUUACAUAGAUAAAGAACACUCUGUAUUUAUCCGUUUGCCUAGAUUGAAUAUUUUAAAUAAUAAUUAUUUAACAAAAUUUUUACAUAUAGAUAUUGAAAAAGAAGAAGAAAAUGAUAUAAAUAAUUUUAUAGGAAAAGCAAGAAUUAUUAAAAUGAGUAACCAUAAUAAUUUUAACAGAAAUAAAAAAAAAGUAAGCAUCUUUAAUAUGGGAAGUAUGUUAUAUAAUGUAGUUAAUGCACUGAAAGAAAUUGAAAAGGAUAAAUAUUUUUUAGAAGAAUUUUCUUUUUCGGUUAUUGAUAUGAUUUUUUUGAAUCCUUUAGAUAAAAAUAUAAUAGAUUAUGUAGUUAAAGAAAAUAAACAUCAUUGUCUUAUUACAUAUGAAGAUAAUGUUAUAGGUGGAUUUUCUACACAUUUUAAUAAUUAUUUAAUAGAUAAUAAUUAUAUAAAUAAAUAUAAUUUAUAUGUUCAUAAUAUUUAUUUUCCAAAUGAAUCAAUUGAACAUGGUUCUCAUAAAGAUCAGCAAAAAGUUCUUAAAAUGGAUAAAUGUAGCCUUGCAGAUAGAAUAAAAAGUUAUCUAAUAAAUAAUUUUACAUAA